AUGCUCGCUCCAUCGUCUCGAAUCGUCGGGCGACUUGGUCUGCCCAUGACACGGUUCGCGUCCCAUUCGAGUGCAUCUACAUCAGCAGCAACAGCGCCGCCCUUGCCCGGCACCUCGAACGACUCGUCCCCUCUGCCCGCCGCAUUCCGAGCCGCUGCACCGACUCCAGGAUCCUCCUCCUCGAACUCGACCCCAUCUUCAUCCUCCACGAAUGCCCCCUUCAACAUCCGAUCCUCGCAAUCGAACCCUUCUUACCGGCCGCUUCCAACGCUGCGAGGACAGCGAGCACCGAUGCACAAGUAUCGCCUCAGCGUCUACUCAACCCGCAACAACACCAUCCUCACCCUCACCACCAAGAUUGGCACCAAUGCUUCCUCCUCUUCAUCGGGUCCCUCCACCUACUCCGAGGAGUCGUCGGUCCAAGCGAUGGCUGACGCGGCGAUGACGACCGAUUCCGUCGUCGCUUGGGUUUCGGCCGGUUCAGCCGGGUACAAGGGAGCUUCACGAGGCACCUACGACGCCGCGGUCGAAGUCUCGAUCAAGAUGUUCAACAAGAUCCGUCAACUCGUCGACCCCGUCAAUGCGGUCGAUGCGGGGAUGAGGAAGAAGAACGCGUGGCCGCAACCGACCGAGCUCGAGGUCGUGUGGAAUGGUUUUGGCCAAGGACGAGAGGCCGUGUUCAGGACGCUCAUCGCUGGCAAUGGGGAUCAGGUUCGCGAGUUGGUUAACAGGGUUACCGAUGCGGUCCGUACAGCUUGUUCUCUCUUUGAAUCACGCAAAGAUCGCUGACAAGUUGCGCAUUCACUCGAUUCAGACCCCGCUCAAGGUCGGAGGAACGAGGCCGAAGAAGAGACGAGUGUAAGUUCCCGAGACCUCUCCGUCCCCUGUCGAAUGCAUGGGCCUCAUGUCGCUGACUUAUGGGUGACCUGUUCUCUCUUUCUAUCACGCGCACAGUAUCUAA